CUGUGUACAAGCUCACAUUGACAGCUUCAAACCAUGUCAGCAAUGCCUCGGUCAGUUACAACGUGACUGUGGAAAAGAUGAACCCAAUGCGCGACCUUAUGAUCUCCAGCAUCCCAGAUAUCGUUACCCAGAAUGUUUCAUUACAGUUCUCUGCAAGCAUACUUAUCGACUCGGCUGUGGAAGUCACAUUUCGAUGGACAUUUGGAGAUGGCACGCCGCAGCUUGAGUAUAAUGUUCGGCCUCCUUAUAACCAGUCAGUCUCUGUUCCUGACCUGCCCAUGCAUAUGGUAGUUGCUGAGAGUAGUGUCACCCACACCUACCAGGAAACGGGUGCCUAUAAUGUGUCGCUAGUCGUGUUCAACAAGUAUGAAAAUAUGUCGAAACUGAUCUCG